UUAAUUUCGAAAUUUUUUGAGAUCGAUAUAAUCGAUUUAUAAAUCGGAUUGGAACAUGUCUAUUGAACAGGUUUCAUUUCAAUCUUUACAGUCACUGUAAUACAGUGUAACUGUUUGUUUGGUAUUUUUAUCAUCACCAACUUGAUUCCAUCAGCUUCACCAGCCUCAUUGGAUUUACCGGCAACAGUUAACAUCUUUAAAUGGUGAUGUGUUGAAGCUAAACUUAGCUGGUUAUUUGUUUGGUUGGUCUUAAUAUUUCCAAUCAAAAGUGGUUACUUCUUGAUUAUAGUGUUUCAUCAUUGCCUUCUCUUUACAUGUCACUGUUGAUGCUCUACCAAAACAAACCUGAUAUUUGAUGGUUCCAGAUUCAUCACUUAUUGUCUUCUGUUUCAACUUAAAUCUUGUCUUAUAGUUCGUGGUAGGUUUGAUUAAACCUUAAAGCAAAUCAAAGCUAUCCAUAUUAUCAUAUCUCUCCUUAAUGCAAAGUGAUUUUGACAAGUUAACCGGCAUUCAUUAUCCAUCAAUGACCAGGUUAUCAAGUAUUUUGGCCUCUUCCUCUCAAACAUCAUCUUGUGGUUCUUCUGUUCAAAUAACACCAACUCUGACCACCUCAAUGUCAAGUAACUGUCAACAACAAUCACCAUCAACUCUAACCGACUCAACAACAUCUUCUGCCACCAAACCCAAUACCAUAUUCGGUUCUCGUAGCCUUUGGGGUCUUAAAGAUAACCUAUUGUCUGGUUUAUCCUCACGAUUAGAAGCUUUCCAGUCCAGUUUUACUGACAACGGUACAAAUCAUGAUCCUUCUAAAGGUCUUAAUAAUAAUUCUCCCGCUGGAUCUACUUCAGGAUCUCCAUGUACUAAUAAGCAACGUCGUGGACCUAAAAUAAGAUCAAUAUUUGGCCAACCAGAGAUGGUUUCAAUUCCAAACGUUCAAUCAUCCCCAAUGCAACGAUCAAAAGAUACUUCAAUGGAUUCCCUAGAUACUUUGGACAGUGGUCAAAGUAUGGGUGGUUCUAGUUGUGUCUCUGUUGCCGAGCUUCGUAGUCUAGAGCUUCAUGAUACUCUCAAACCUUACCGAACUGGCGAGUCCAUUGGAAUAGGCAGCGGCCAGGAAACAUCUUUAGAAUCAUCAGAAGCCGAAGAUGAAAUCAACACUGAGAGAAUGGUGUUGAUGGUACCAAGAAAAAAGGGUGAUCUUAAUCUUCAUAGUUUACAUUCCAACUGCCCACUCUCUGAUCCCAAUUCAUCCAUCAAAUUUUCUGUACAAUCAUGGGCAUCUAACUGUACAACCUAUGAUAAUCAGCCUGAAGAUGAGGAAGAAGUCAGAAGAUUCAUGGAAAAUUUUGUGGACAAAAUAUUCUCUGACAGCUCAUCAAUAACGUUGCAAGAGAAAGCUCUUUUCGGAGCUUAUGCGCGAACAGGUAAAGGAAGAUUGCUAUUUUCUCGUUUCAUAAAUGAGAAGAGAGUUUAUGAUAAACAUGUAUCUGAGAGUACAUUCUACAGCCUUGUUCAAUAUUUCGCAAUUAUUUUAUUCGAAUGCUCAGAGUCAGACGAUUUUUCGCCAGCCAAGACAAUAUUGAACAUGUGUUUCACCUUUUACUAUGAGGCUUCUGGGCUUGUAGCCAAUUCAAACUCAAACCAACAACAACGAAAAAGCUCAAUCUCUCGUGGAAACAGUAUUGGGAAUCGUCAAUAUCUCUAUCAGUAUCUAAAAGAGCAACCAAUAUGGCGGUCUCAUCGGUUCUGGUCUGCUGCAUUUUUUGAUUCCGUAAUCUGUGAGAAAGCUAAAAGUCCCAUCCAUGAGAGAUCAUCAAGAGAUAUUACUCAAAAUGAAAGAGAUGAGGAAGCUCAGCUUCAAGAAAAUACAGUUUUCGGACAACUUGGAGCAUUCACUUAUUACAUGAAAGAGUUUGGUCUACCUGAAAAAUUUUGCCUCGAGUUUCUGAAUAAACAAUCAGCUAUUGGAAAUUUAUCAGAAGAUCAAAUAUUUACUCUUCGUCAAAAUGUGGCCUCACUUUACUACCAAUGACGAUUUAUUUAAACAUUUGAUUUCUGCCUAAAUGAUUGUAAAAAAGUAAACCAUUUCCAUGAUCCAAAUAUAAAGUAAUGAUCCAAAUCCAGCCACCGAAAAUUCAAUUACAAAUACAGAAACUACCAAAGCAAUACUGAUGAGCCUGAGCUCACAAACUCAUCCAUAUUAUUUCCAAAAGAUUGCAAUUUGCUGAUGCAGAUGAAAUUUCUCAUUUCUUCAAGUUCUUACUUCAUGCUGUAAAUUUUUCGCCAUUUACAACUUCAUUUGUAAAGCAACUGAAGGGACACUCAACUGGAAGCUUGUUCAUGUUAACCAUUUUGAGUCGCAAAGCUGUUGGCAUUGUCAUAAUUUUCAUGCUCAAUACACAUUAUGAUGAGAAUAAUGAUGUUCAUCAUCCACGUAUUACCUAAUUAACUUUCAAACAAUUAACAUUGCAAUAGUAUUUGGCCUUUAAAAGUAACCAUAGUUUAUCUUGUCCAAAGGAAUCUUCAAUCAAAGCUUCUUCCAAUUAUCCAGUCAAACAAAAAUAAUUAACCUCAUUUCCCAAAAUUAUAGCCUGAUGUAAACUACACAUGUGUGUUAUCCAACAACAAAAAGAUAUCAUCAUUAUCAUCAACCUAAUUGAUUCAAUGGAUUUUUGCAAUUUAACCAAAAAAUCUGACUUGUUUCAAUAUGCUGUUUGAAUAGUACAGGUGACAAACGGGUGAUUAAUUAAGCAGUCGAAGCUAUUCACCAAAAAACAUUACCUUUUUUUCAUAUUUAAAAAUGUUAGCUGUUAUGUAUUGUUGUAAUAAUUUUAUUGAUGUAAACUUGUUUCCUUGAUCCCACAAAACAAAUGGAAACAACCAGACGUCAAUUAUGUAAAUCCUUAUUUGUUUUCAAUGUAUCAAAUGGAGCAAUUAAUCAAUAAUGUAAAGAUAUUAUCAUUAUAUUCUUCUAUUAGAUUUACAGGAUUACAUACGUCAAUUACCAAAGAAAUAGCUAUUAAUUUAAAAAUAAUUCAAUUGCUAUUUCAUCCCAUGACAAUAAUUCUUAACAGCUCUUUCCGUUCCUUAUGAAUGCAAUUUAGUCUUUUCAGUUGAUUAAUGAAUUACUGAUACAUCAACAAAUUUCUUCGAUAAAAAUCUGUUGUAAAUUUAAAUUUGUUUUCUAAAAAGAGUAAAGUACUUGUUUGAAAUAACGAAA